UGGCAAAGAAGGGCGUGCUGGUCCUACCGGACAUCAUGGCCAACUCCGGUGGAGUGAUAGUGAGCUGCUUCGAGUGGGCCGCUGGGCGUCCAAGAGGCACUUGACCUUGCUGGAUCACGCUGUCAUCGGCGUAAUCCAGGCCGGAUCUGUGGAGAGCCCGGCGCAGCACCGUCACAGAUUGAUAAGGGCCGGAGCUUCAAUGACAAAUCCACUAUAUUCAGCACACAGCCCAACUCAGCAGGCACGGGCCAUGUCGACAAUCGGGGUGGCACUCGGGUGCAUGCUCGCCUUGACAGUCAUCAAGGUCGCAAUAGAGUCGGUGGAGGUUGUGCUCGGCGACGGUGAGAGAGAGUCUAUCAAGCAUAAGUCCAUGUUGUUGUGGCUGAAGCGACUUAUGGAUGCCGACAUGCUUGAAGAUUUUGAAGAUGAAACCGACCUCAACCUGUGGGCAGCCACUGUGAAGAAGAUUAAGAUGCCACAUAACAUGAGAUCGAUGCAAAAGCGCAUAGAAAAGAUAAAAGAGGACCGUGAGGACCGGCAAGGUCCCGACAUCCAGGAUACAGCAGGAUAUGUGGAGGAGGCAGAAAUCAUCUGGAGGACUGAUGAUUGCAGAUAUUGGAGCAGCAGUUAUUUCCCCCUCCUUUUGACUACAGUGGUUGGAGUCAGUAGGAGAGGCUGGCAUUUGACAAUACGGUUAUGUGUGUGCAUUGAUUGCUGGUGCUGCAACCUGUAAUUUCCUUGUGGAGUGGACCGAAGUAAUCCAUCAAGCUAGCUGCAUUAUUGAUUCUGUUCCUUUUGCUGGCGAGGUCUCCAACUACCCUUUUGAGGUCUCCAACUUCGUCCUCCAGCUUGGACAACCUAGGUUGAGUGGCAAUUUUACCCCUUAUGUUUAUCACGUCCUCGGUCACGGUGUUCUAACCGUGAUGCGAAUAGGUGGAUGAAGAGGAAGCAGUACCGCCGUAUUGAACAGGCCAGGAGGGUGCUGGCCGUUGGCUCUGAUCCCCUGGGUGGCUGGGUGUGGCUGGCGGCUCCAAUCGCGCCGGUCAGGAGGGUGUCAUUGGAGAGAGUUCGACGCCGGCGACGAGCAUACAGAGGUGGAUCACGAUGCUGUGGACGCUGCAAAUUUCAGAGAAAACCCAUAAGAUCUCAUGAUGGGUUCAUGCACAGAAUAAGCGGAACCCAUUUCUUGGUUUUAAAUCAUCUCAUGCGUUGCCUUAGUUGUAACUGAUGACAUGAGCCGACAUUCUUACCUUCAAUCCAACAUGUGGAUGCAGAACAAGCAGUGACGUCGUAUUCCGCAGACCGGAUGGGCGGUCGCCGGCGGCUCCGUUCCCGUGGGUGAGGACGGCGGCUCCGUUACCGCCGGUGAACAGGGCGGCGGCUCUAUUACAGCCGGUGAACAGGGCAGCCGCGUUCGAUGGGACUGGCACUGGAGAAGGUCGCGUGUGAGAAGGCACCUGGAAUGGAAUAUGAGUGCAGAAUCAGCAUUGGAGCCGGCUAGGCCAGUUGGAUCGGAGGUUGUUGCAGAUAAUGGGGGAGGUGGGAGCGGAGGUUGUUGCAGAUACGGCUGUGAUAAGUGUUAAUCUAUCAACAAGCCAAAAAUUGGAUGGCGCCUUUAAAGUCGGAAAGAGGUUGAUUGAUGAAACACCAUUUCUUUUGGCACGCCUUUUUUUUGAAUCUGCCACGUCUUUUUCUUUUUCUUUUUUUUUUAAACUAAACGCCCUCUGGCUCUAUUCAUAAGGCGCUAGCAUGUCUGACUGCAAACAAUAAAAAGUUUUAACAAUUGCCUA